UUCCGCCAGUCCUCUUCCAGCCGCACACUCAUCCGCUCAAUUUCAUUUUUCUAAAAAGUAGUGCGCAAUCGUAUCUCCAAUUUGAUUAGCGAUAAGAUUGAUAACGGAAGGGAAUCGGCAUCACGUAACCGAAAAAUCGAUAGGUGCGUAAUUAUUUCCGCCAAAAAAUGGGUGAACAAGUGGCCAGAAUUCCCAAACCGCAAAUGCGGGGCUUGCUGCACUCGCAAAUCAAACGCAAUUUGAUCUUAACCGGCAUUUCGUGCACCAUUGCGGGGCUUUACAUGAAAUUUGUGUUCGGGAAUUCACGCAAAAAUGCCUACGCUGAGUUUUACAAAAACUACGACAUCAACAAGGAGUUCCACCGCAUCCGGAGGAAGGGGCUGUUCGACUCGUGCGACCCUUUGGACGACUCUGAGUGAUUUUAGCGUGGUUUUUUGUAGCGAAAUUAGGGGAAAAUAAACAAUUAAAAUAA